AUUUGUCUCUCUCGUGCUGCAUAAAGAAGUAUAAUUGAUCAUCCGCAUUUCCCAAACAUAUAUUUUAAAAGGAGGUUCCGAGUCCGUCCAUCUGAAAGAGUAACAUACGACUACCGCUUCCGAAAAGCCCGCUGCCCGGACCAGAAAAAAAACAUGCCCCUGUUGAAGCAUCUCCUUGUCAUCUAUUUUGUCUCUGUAUCAUGAUUCUUUGCCAUACCUUAUCUAUCGUGCACCAGUAUCAACUUAUUACGCAGCAGCCAAUGACUAAAGAUUUCUAAUAAGCCUUUUCGACCCUCUCCAAGGACGCUUACUUAUCGACAAAUAAGCUUCCAUUCGCCAACACGACCGGCACCGUGACUUGUAGAGUUUGGAUGUCCCAACUCAGGGCCUCUUGUAUACACAGCAGACGGAGUGGUGAAAGGUGACUGGUAUGCAGGCGGCAAGGCUUAAGGCUGAAUCGCAGGGCCGGAAAGCUAAGGUAGGCAUUGAUGGGCUGUUGGGGCGUUGGGUCGGCGCAAGGAUGGCUUUCUGGAAAUGGAUGUGAGGGGCUAAUACAUUCAACUCACAGCUUGCCAAUUCAUAUCAUGAGUUAUUGGAGUACGUACCUGCUUGUGCAAACCAGAUGAAAACAAAUACUGACAAUGGCGCUUGUGCAGAGAGUUCUCGUCGAAAGACCUUCGUUCAGUGGGAAAUUAUACUUUAGGGAGGCUGAUCGGGAAAGGGUCAUUCGGGAAGGUCUAUUUGGCUUCGCACAAACUCUUACAUAGCUCUAAAGUACGUGCCAAAGGUGGGAUUUAAACUCGCAGAACAUCAGCUAAUCUGCCGCUUUGAUCUAGGUCGUACUCAAGUCUGCCAAAAAGGAUGAUUCGAAUCUGGCUCGAGAAAUACAUCAUCACCGACAAUUCCUACAUCCUCACAUUGCUCGUUUGUACGAAGUAAUUGUCACCGAAAACUUGGUAUGGCUUGUGCUAGAGUACUGUCCUGGUAAGUGGCAUGCAUAGGCAGAAGGAGGUUAUGCUAACGAUGGUGUAGGCGACGAAUUAUAUAAUUAUCUACUGAAGAAUGGGCCAUUACCGGUCGAAAAGGUCCAAAAGAUCUUCACUCAAUUAGUCGGUGCCGUCGCAUACGUUCACAAUUCAUCCUGCGUUCACCGAGAUUUAAAACUGGAGAAUAUCCUUCUGGACAAACACGAAAAUGUUAAACUUGUGGAUUUUGGGUUCACUCGUGAAUAUGAGGGCAAGGCGAGUUAUCUGCAAACGUUUUGUGGCACAAUAUGUUACAGUGCUCCAGAAAUGUUGAAGGGAGAAAAGUAUGCCGGGGAAAAGGUUGAUGUUUGGAGUUUAGGCGUCAUUCUAUACGCUUUGCUAUGCGGCGAGCUACCAUUCGACGACGACGACGAUACUGUAACAAGGACCAGGAUCUUGACCACAGAACCAAAAUGGCCGGAUCAUCUCACAGCCGACGCGCGAAAUUUGUUAGGCAUUCUAUUGUCAAAGAGGCCUCUAAUACGACCUGCCUUGUCUGAUAUUCUCACUCAUCCUUUUCUUGCUGAGCAUGCGCCACAACAGCAAGCCAUUUUGAAACUCCAGAGGGCGGCACCGUUCACCACGACAUUAGAAAAGGAGACCUUGGAACGGAUGCGAAGUGCUGGUGUAGAUAUCGACCAGGUUAUUGAAAAUGUACUAGCUCAGCGAUGUGAUGCUCUAGCAGGUUGGUGGGCUCUUCUGCUCGAAAAGGAAGAAAGAAAGCAGAUUCGAAAGGAACGAAAACGCAAGGAACGAGAGGCGGAGAUCCGGUCCUCAAGAAGACUGAGUGCUGCGAGUAGCCGCUUGGAAAAAAUGACGCCUAUUUUAACAGGAGUCGAUGAAGAAGGGCAGCCACUAAGGAUUAGCGACCCACCUAGGAGUAGAGGGAGGAAGGAAAGGCGAAGUGCCCAUUAUCCGGAUCUGAUCCUGACCGAUUUACCUGGAUUACCCGAACACUCGCAGUUCUCCUCACCCGAUGUUCAAACGCCUCCUCCGCCGCUUGAAGAAGACAGUACUCGCUCUGCAAGCUCAUCUCGACACCGGCGCCCAAUUCCUCCUCCAAAAGAAGGCACUCUACGGAGUGCCCGGUCACGUGGAAGCACUUUGCAGCUGGUUACUUCUAAUCAUGAUUUUCUACACCCCAGUACUAAUGGCAUUGCCAAACCUCCACAGGAACGUCGCAAGCGUCAGCAUGCUUUCAUCAAUCAAUUGGCACAUUGGAAGCACUGGCUUCUGGACUCUGCCAGGCGUGCCAGAUCACCUGGAAAGAAGACAAAAGCUAGUCGCUCAACACCAGAUCUCCGCGAGAAGGCUGCUGACGACUCAACCAGUCCGAAAGACCCUAGUCCGCGACCAGUCACUUCAAAGUCACCUACAAUGACACGUGCUCCCCUACCACAACUAGGUGGGCAGCCCCCUCUUGCAAGAAUGAAUGCGACGCCAAGCACCAAACGGCAUUCGUUAUCUCCCUCUCCAGUGACUCCUCGCUCGACUUUCCAACGUCGGCCAAGUAGUGGUUUGCGAGGAAGGAAAUCUACAUCAUCUUCCGUUUCGUCUGUACGUAGUAUAAUGCAUCAACACACACAUUCAAAGGCUUCAUCAACUUCGUCUAAUGGAUCUGGCUCAAAGAUAUCUCUACCUACUCGUAGCCCUCAUCACUCCGUCAAAGUCCUGCCCGCCACCCCAACCCUUGGCUCAUUCCCUUCCAAUAUUCGCGUCGUUCGACAAACUCCGCUAUCGAGUUUCAACGAAGGUGUUUCAUGGGGUGGUAACAAUAGUGCAUUCGGUGCCCCUCUUGUCUUCGCGAAACGGAAAAAGAAUCUAUUCAAAGGUCCUGCACUUAACACUAGCUCACCCAUUGCAUCAAGCAACGGACACGGCCACGGACACGCAAGAACAGGUUCGCAUAGCCGAAGCGCCAGUUUAGCAGGCAGAAGAAGCGGGGAAAUUAUCCAGGAAGAAGAUGAAGAGGAAAUCGAGGAAGUUGACGUCUUUACUCCCGUUGUCGGCCCAGCUGAAACAGAAGAAAUGGUCUUUAUUCCAGGUGAUAUUCUAAGACUCGAUGAUUCAAUUGAGGAGUCGGAUAGAGAGAAGACGCCUACUAAUGGAACUGUAUAGAAGAAGAUUGGAGCAAGAAUGUUUUUGGUUAAGGGGUCAAGGGUGUAUUGUCUUUUGGGGGUGGAUGGGUUGGAGCGUGAUUUUGAUGCGAUGUGAUAUGCAUGUACAGAUAGUGUACAUAAUUCUCUUGUACAAUUUGUUUUUGAAGUUAAUUUCCCUCGCCCAUCUUACAUCGUAGAUGGCGAGCAACAAAUAAUGCAUAUGGAUGGAUGGAUGGACGGACGGACGGCUGGAAUGCAUUGGUCGAUUCAUUACAUAGAAGCGUUGUUUUAAUUGUUUCCAGCACUUUUUGUUUUUU